AUGUCGCUAGCGCCGGCUGCGGACCCGGCCAUCCUGCACUUCGAAAGGGCAAUAAGCGAAUUUAAGAAGAACCUCAAGGACGAGGCAUUGUACAAGGAGAUCCUCGCAACAACAUCAAUGGACCAGGUCUACGACCUAGCUGAACAGAUCCAGGCCGAGCAGGGCAAGACCGGCCAUCUCCGCCAUCUCUCCAAACUAAAACCCUACUUGGAAAAGUUGGACCUCUAUGUCAGCGCCAUCGACACCUUCGUCCAAGUUAAGCCGGACAUCCUCGGACUCAUUUGGGGUCCCGUCAAGCUUCUGAUCCAGUGGACUAGCACGCUGAGCAAGUCUCAGGACGCGAUUGCCAACAUUACCACCGAGAUUGGCGACCUUCUUCCCGAGUUCACCAACAUGACAACGCUCUUCGACGACAGCACGCGGCUGAACGAUGUCCUGUCCCUCUUCUUCCAAGACAUCCUCGACUUCUACUUUGUCACCCUGAGAUUCUUCAGUCUGUCAAGAUGGCGGUAUUUCUUCGAAUCUUUGUGGCCGAGGCAAAAGGAGAAGAUCGAUCUUGUCAAGGCGCAUAUCGAACGGCACGCGAUGCUGAUGAGGACCGAAGUCCGCCUGGAGCACAUUCGAGAAGAACAUGCCGCCAGGCAACGAGCUCUGAACGAUUUCGAGAAAUCGGAGCGGGAGAGAAUGCUGCAAGAGUUCCACAGGAUCCAAACAGGCAUCGCCCCGACGUUUUACCACAACAAACUUGCCUGGAUAUCAAGCAGUCUUUGUGACGGGACGGGCAAAUGGAUUUUGCGGAACGACGAGUUUCUCAGGUGGCUGGACCCCAGCAACGCGAUCAACGGGAUCUUGUGGCUGAACGGAAUUCCUGGGGCCGGCAAGACAUUUCUCGCCGGAACUGUCAUCGACAAAUGCCAAAGCCUAGGAAACCACGUUAUCUAUGUGUUUCUCAGCCACGUCCACGCAGCCAGCACCUCGGCCGUUUCCAUCUUCCACUCACUGAUCUUUCAGCUGGCCUUGAGCACAGAAGAUCUUCAAGCCACUCUGUGCCAGUCAAGCCGCGAGAGUUUCAAGAGCAAUCUGCAUUCUGCAGCCUCUUUAUUGAAGUCGCUUCUCGACUGUGCAGGAAUGACCUUUCUUAUCGUUGACGGCGUCGACGAGAUUGAAAAGAGACAACGCGAGCUACUCCUCGCUGAGCUCGUUAGGCUGUCCGCAGAGUGCGACACGGUAAGAAUCCUCAUAUGCAGCAGACCAGAGCACGAUAUCGAACGUACCCUCGGCGCUUCACCGAAGAUUCGUGUCGACAAGCAGAAUUCUGGAAGUAUUCAGGCGUUUGUCAACAGACAGAGCAGCGACUGGAUUGCCAAGAAUGACUUUCUUCCACAUGAAAGGAGUGAAAUCGAAGCCCUCUUAGCUCCUGUUGCGUCCAGAGCCGUUGGCAUGUUCCUCUAUGCCAAGGUCCUCCUCAGUUGUCUUGACCUCUUGAGCGACAUCAGGGAAGUGAGGCAGGAACUUAGGGUCUUGCCCACAAGUCUGCCUGAGGCAUACGAAAGGAUUCUGAAACGAGUCAACAAUCUCCCGUCCGCCCAAGCAAAAUUGAAGGCGAAGCGACUCAUCGGAUAUGUGGGCUGCUCUCCGACGCCCUUGACUAUCCAUGAACUGGAUCAGCUUCUGACACUGGAUUUGGACUAUGCGUCUGGCCCUUAUCUUGUCAGCUCCUCUCUCAACCCCGUUGAGCUCUGCGGCCCGAUUGUGGAAGUCAUCGAUGGAUACGUCCAGUUUGUUCACUUCACCGUAAAGGAAUACUUGUUCUCCCCCAAGAUUGAUGGAAGUAUCGAGGAAAUGAAGACGACGGUGCUACUCACGACUUCGUGUUUGGAAUAUCUCUGCCAAGAUCACCAUGACAUUGGUCUUUCAACUAAUGAAAUUGAGGAGGGGAUUAUGCACGGGGUCUACCGGCUACAUGCGUACGCUGAGAGCAUGUGGUUCCCGCUGGUGCAGCGAUGCCUGAGCCUCAACGGGUCUAACCCCAUCCCAUCGGAGCUCCUGCAACACCUGGAAACAUUCGCAGCCCAUCGAUUUGCGGGCGGAUCGCACGAAGAAUGCGAGGCCCCGCAGCAUCCUAUCGACCCAGACUUUGAUGGGUUCAAGAGUCGAUUGCCGAUUGUCUACGAACUUCUCUUACGAGCGACGGAGUUCAACCGCCGGUGUGGAUCAUCUGCAUUCCAGAUGACUGAUGGUAUGUAA